UCACGCUAUAUAUCAUGAGUAUGUUUUUACCCGUGUAUUUUCAUCUUCGUCAUUUUCUUAUUUAAACAAAAUUGGAAUUCUUUGAGUAUUUUUAAAGUUCUUGUUCGGCUUGAUUUAAUAGAUCACACAAUCCAGAGAGACUUCAAUUGAUUACCGAUUGUGCCGAUCAAUGGCUUGCGGCUGCCCGAUUCUUGCUUUUCCUGCAGGAAUCGCAGAUUUCUGUAACAUAUCACGUGACUCCUGCCACGCCCCCUCCGUAGAGAAAGAAUAGUUUAGCCUGAGUCACUCCAUUUUGAACGCCCUGCGCGCUUGUUUGUUGAUUUGAUCUUAAAGAGAGAGAAAGAGAAAGAAAAAUACAGUGUUGGAGCUUUAUCGUUGAUAUUGAGUCAAGUUUCUGUUGCUCGUAAGGGCGAGACUAAGAGCAGGAAGAUGCAGUCAGCCAUCCUGUCCGGUCUGCAGUACAAGGUGGACGACAAUCCACCCUGGAUCUCCACAUUUCUGCUCGGAUUUCAGCAUUACUUGAUGUUGUUAAGCUCCAACCUAGCAACUCCCGGGAUCAUGGCGUCUAUAAUUUGCGCCAUUAAUAUACCGGAAACGAUGCACGUGCGUUCGGUGCUGCUUGGAAACAUGAUAUUCGCUUGUGGUGUGUGUACACUCCUGCAGACCUUUUUUGGAGCAAGAUUACCUAUAGUACAGUGUCCAGCAUUUGCAUACAUAGUUCCUAUGGUCGCUCUCGUGAAAAUACCCCGCUGGUCAUGUCCGGCCGCGGCAGAGGAGGGCCUAGUCAACAUCACAGCUAACGGGUCACAGCUAGCGGAUGACGCCGUUUCUAGCAACCAUGUAGAAAGAAUGAACCAGUUGACUGGUUCAAUCAUGGUAGCGGCCCUGCUUGAAAUCCUGAUCGGAGCUUCAGGACUGGUGAGCGUGUUACUGAAGUUUAUCGGACCUCUCACGGUGGCCCCGACAAUCAUGCUGAUGGGUCUCUCGGUGGCGGAAACUGGUUUCAACCUCUCGGGGAAGCAUUGGGGCAUCUCUGCAGCGACCAUUAUAUUGAUCAUCCUUUUCUCGGAAAUCAUCCCAAUAUUCGAGUUCAGCAACCCAUUCAGCAAGAACAAAGACCAGAAAAUACAGUUUGUUCUUCAUAAACUGUUUUCGGUAAUCCUAUCCACGUGCAUCAUGUGGUUCGUUUGUUAUAUACUCACCGCUACCGGUGCUUUUCCUGAAGAAGGUCACUAUGGUUACGAAGCUAGAACCGACAUCCGGUUGGAUGUAAUAAAGGAAGUUGCCUGGGUCAGAUUUCCAUAUCCAGGCUACUGGGGAACCCCGACGUUCAACUCUGGCUUCUUUAUAGCUAUGAUUGCUGGUGUUAUCACCUCCGUCAUAGAGAGUAUCGGAGAUUACUACACAUGCGCUAGAUUGGCCGGCGCUCUACCCCCGCCACCACACGCCGUUAACAGAGGUAUAUUUGUGGAGGGAAUUGACUGCAUCAUUUCAUCAGCCGUAGGUGCUGGAUUUGGGGUGACGUCAUGUAGCCAAAAUAUCGGCGUCAUCAGCUUAACGAAGGUGGGCAGUCGGCGGGUUGUGAUGAUGGCGGGUUUCAUCAUGGCGCUAUUUGGCUGUCUGGGUAAAUUCUCGGCGCUGGUCGUCUCAAUGCCCGACCCCAUCAUCGGCGCUUCCUUCCUCGUUCUCUUCGGGGUGCUGGCCGCAGUCGGGGCCUCCAACCUUCAGUAUGUGGAUCUCAAUUCCUCGCGGAAUCUCGUCGUGUUCGGUAUAUCUCUCUUCCUGGGUCUCUCCUUCCCUAAUUGGGUCACCGCCAACGAACAGCUCAUCAGAACAGGUAACGAGAACUUGGACCAGGUGAUCCAGGCGCUGCUCGCCAACAACAUGUUCAUGGGUUGCUUCAGCGCCCUCGUCCUCGACAACGUCAUACCCGGUACUGACGAGGAACGUGGUAUUAUCGUCUGGCGGGAAGUUCCCGAGGACACGGACGAAGACAGCGACGACGGCGACUACCAGAACCUCAACCUCUCGAUGAAGACGUACGAUCUCCCCUUCGGUAUGAAUCUCAUAAGAAGCCUCCGGUGGGGCAAGUACGUUCCAUUUUUUCCCACCUUCGAGGGAUUUGAUGAUCUUCGCUGUUGCCCCUGCAAGAAGUAUCAGCCCGAUCUAGAAGAAGUCGAGGUCGUCUUUAAAAAACAAUCCAUAAAUGGACUCGACAUUGAUACAGAUAAAGACAAUCACAGCCACCAAUCCGAGUUUUAAUGUGUUUUAUCAAAGCGCUGAAGGGAUGGAUGCGGCGAGGGCUCUAAAUUGUUCAUCAACAAUAACUUAUACAUAUAAGUAAUAGUUACUAAAGAUAAUGAUAAAUACAAUGUGCUUUAUUAGCAAAGCACUGAGGGUUUGAAGCCGCAAGGAUACUGUUAUUAAUUAGAGAACUAUAUACAGUGUGUACAACUCCAACAUUUUACAUUAAAUGGCUGAAGUAAUGUAGUCAGAGUUUAGAUCGAAGCACUGGGAAAGCUCAUCCGACGAGGGCCCUGCUAUCGACCAGACGACUACAGUUUUGUAUAGACAUAUCCAAGGAGUUUUUGCAAGAACAAAUGAACUGCGAUUACUGUUGUACUGUUCUAUUAUCAUAUUCAUAAGAAGUACAUGUACUAUAGUUCAUUCAUCACUCAUUCGAAUAAAAUAUUCAUCAACCAAUUGGGUGAAGUGAUGCAUGGUAUUCCAUAUUUAACAUUACACAUUGUAUAAACUAAACCAUCCUAUCGUAUGUAUAUAAUACUUGAAUAAUACAGUCGAACCCGUUGUCUCGAUUACGCUUGGCUCGAAUUCCUCGUUGGCUCGAAAUGAAGAUGAAGGACACAUUUCUUUAUACUGUAUGUAAACACUCGCGCUUGGCUCUAAUCUUCGAGGCUCAAUGUAUUUUGGCCGGUCCCUGGGAGUUCGAGCCAACGAGGUUCGACUGUAUCUUCAAAAGUCAUAGAUAUUUUUGAAGGUCAUUUUUUACAUGUUUCAUGCAUAUUUACUUUUUGCCGGAAUUGUACAUUUUCUAUUUUCUUAAAUAACUGUAUACAGAAAAAAACUUUGUAUUUAGUUAACACAUAGUUAAACAGUUGUUGUUCAGUUUUAUCUUUUAAAUGCCCCAUUUUUAGAUGGUCUUGAUACGACAUUUCGGAAAAAUUGUGAAUUCAAUAUGCAAAAUAUUGAUUGAAAUUGUACAUUCCAACUAUUUGUAGGUUAAAAGGGUGUACAAGAGUAUCCCGUUAUUAUAAUAGCACUAUGUUGGAAAAAAAUAGUAAACCAAUUUAUAUUAUGAUACAACAAAAAAUAGUUUUGUUUAUAUUUCUAAUAGCUUAAGGGUGACUUGUUACUUACUAGUAUAUCGUGAUUAAAAGCAUGAUUUUCAUAUUUUACUGUUGUUCUGUUUUUAAUGUUUGUUUUCUCCAUAAGGACAUUUACUUUUUCGUUCGUAAUAUCUAAACAAGUGUAACUAAUACAGUUUGUUACCAUUUUCAGGAGUCCGACCCUCAUAUAAGCUAGUUCUCUGAUAUUACAAUGUUAUAUUUGUGAUACCUGGUGAUCCAAUACAACUUCGGUAUCAUUUGAAAAGCUAUUCUGCGCAGACAACUUAUAUUGACAAAAUUAAAUUAUUGCAGUUCGUAUUUUGUUCUUCGCCAGUAAUUGUGAUAUGUUGAGUUGUGUAACAUAACCGGUGCAUAUUAACAUCUUAUUCAUAGUUCUCUUCCUUGUUGUUAAUUUUGCCAUUGUUGUUUGUUUUCUCUCCAAAAAUCAGCUUAAACGCGAUUUCGUCUCGAUUCUGGUUUACUGGCGCUUUGUUUUUAACUCAAACACGUGAACUUACAUAUGAAGUAAUUUUUCAAAGGCAAAAAAGAAUGUUUUAUAAAAAAAAUCUGAGAAUAUCUCAUACAUUUUUUCCAUACAUUUUAACAAAAUAAAUCAAUGAAAAAUUAAUGGGCCAUCAGACACCACCCAAUUUCAAAUACAAGUCAAAACUCGCAAUGUCAAAGUCGUUGGAACCUCGGAAAUAUAGUUCGAGAUAAGAAGCAUUAAUACAAACCCAACACAUAGGCAACGGUCCGACAUAACCUGAAUAUUGAGAUAACAGAGUUCGACAUAGAUAUUACAUUAAAAAAGGGUUCGACAUAGCCAGAACAUUAUUAUAACAUAGUUGAACCUAGCCAUAACAUCGAAAGAAAAGAGUUCGAUAUAGCCAGAGCAUUGAGAUAACGGAGUUUGACCAAGUCAAUCAAUUUAAAAAUUUAACAUGCUGAUUUUUGAUGUCUUAAAUAUUGUACAUACCAUUUGAUAUUUAUUUUGUGUUCGUUUUAUGAACACGCUUAAUAAAAUGUAGAACAGUC